AUGUUCCUUUUUCCUAAACCUGAAAACAUAUAUCAUGUUAUUGUCAAGCUUGUAAUGGAAAAUUGGAAAAUUAAAGAAUCGACUAAUCUAUUUUUAUCUGUUACUCUAUUAUCUCCUUUAAAAAAUCUUAUAGAUAUUAAUAAUAAAGAACCACAAAAAUCAUAUGAAGAAAACUAUUCAUUUUUAGUUAAAAAAAUUAAUAGUGAUGAUGGUAAUGAUAUAUCUGAAGAAGACAAUAAAAGAACCUUUGAAGAUGAUGCUUUAGAAAACUCCUCAGACGAUUCAGACGAAGAUUUUCAAUUGAAUUUUGAUGUACUAGAAACUGAAUCAGAAAAAAAUGAUUUUAAGUAUGCUAAAGAAAGCUUUGAUGAUUCCUUUUUAUGGAUUAUAAUAUGGAUUUUGAAGUACCAGGAGAGGUUUUGA